ACAACGAACAAAACGUGUUGUCUCGUGUUUGUGCCGUAACGUUUCUCCGAGCAGCCGCGGGUUGAAUGAAACUCACCGCGGCUCAGACUGUGGUGGCUGAACUACAGGAUUAUCGAAGGCUAACGUGGGAGCUAACCGAGUUAGCAUCUCACCCUGCCGGUUAAACACCGGUUAAGUUUGACCGUUAACGAGUCACUGUAGCACUCCAGAGGAGAAACAUGCCUCAGACCAACAAGUCUCAGAGCGCCGGCUGUGCACCGGGACAGGCGUCCGCCCCGGACCAGGGCGAGCCGCCGCCACCGGCGUCAGCAGACGACUCCAGGACCCAGGCGGCUGCCGCCAGCGACGACGAUGACGUAGAGAUCAUCAAAUCACCCAGUGACCCAAAGAAAUACAGGUACAUCGAGCUGAGCAACGGUCUGCGAGCGCUCCUCAUCUCCGACUUCAGCGGCUCCGACAUGAAGGACGAAAACGGAGAGGACAAGGCGAGUGAGGAGGAGGAGGAGGAGGAGGGGAAAGGGGAAGACGAAGGGGACUCUGGCGAGGGGUCGGAGGAGGACGAGGAGGACAAGGAAGAAGCGGAGCAGGACAGCGACUUUGAGGAGCUGGACGAGGAGAACACAGAGGAGAAGAAGAAGGGAGGGAGCUCCGAGAAGCAGGCGGCAGCGGCUCUGUGCAUCAGCGUGGGGAGCUUCAGUGACCCGGACGACCUGCCCGGCCUCGCCCACUUCCUGGAACACAUGGUGUUCAUGGGCAGUGAGAAAUACCCGGCGGAGAACGGUUUUGACGCCUUCCUGAAGAAGCACGGAGGAAGUGACAAUGCCUCCACCGACUGCGAGAGAACCAUCUUUCAGUUCGACGUGCAGAGGAAGUAUUUCAGAGAGGCGCUCGACAGGUGGGCUCAGUUCUUCAUCUGUCCUCUGAUGAUUGAAGACGCCAUUGACAGAGAGGUGGAGGCCGUGGACAGCGAGUAUCAGCUGGCGAGGCCGUCGGACGCGCACCGGAAGGAGAUGCUGUUCGGGAGUCUGGCAAAACCUGGACACCCUAUGAGCAAAUUCUGCUGGGGAAACGCUCAGACAUUAAAACACGAGCCCAGAGAGAAACAGAUCAACACGUACCAGCGGCUAAGGCACUUCUGGAGGAGAUAUUACUCUGCUCACUACAUGACGCUCGCCGUUCAGUCCAAAGAGACGCUGGACACUCUGGAGCAGUGGGUGAGAGAAAUCUUCAUCAACGUUCCCAAAAAUGGUGAACCUCAACCCGACUUCUCUCACCUCCAGCAGCCGUUCGACACGCCGGCCUUCAACAAGCUCUACAGAGUUAUCCCUGUGAGGAAGGUUCACGCUUUGACCAUCAGCUGGGCCGUUCCUCCACAGGGGAAGCACUACAGAGUGAAGCCUCUUCACUACAUCUCCUGGCUGAUCGGACACGAAGGAACCGGCAGCAUCUUGUCUCUGCUCAGGAGGAAGUGCUGGGCUCUGGCUCUGUUCGGAGGAAACAGCGAGACGGGCUUCGAUCAAAACACCACCUACUCCAUCUUCUCCAUCUCCAUCACCCUCACUGACCAGGGCUACCAGAACUUCUACCAGGUUGUGGAUUUUGUGUUCCAGUAUCUGAAGAUGCUCCAGACUCUGGGUCCCCAGCAGAGGAUCUAUGAGGAAAUUCAAAAGAUAGAAGCCAAUGAGUUCCACUAUCAGGAGCAGACGGAUCCCAUCGAGUUCGUGGAGAACAUCUGUGAGAACAUGCAGCUGUUUCCCAAAGAUGACUUCCUGACCGGGGACCAGCUCAUGUUCGAGUUUGACCCGCAGGUGAUCAGUGCGGCUCUGUCGCUGUUGACUCCCGACAGAUCAAACCUGCUGCUGCUGUCCCCAGAAAACGAAGGACAAUGUUCACUCAGAGAGAAAUGGUUCGGUACCUGCUACAGCAUGGAGGAGAUUCCGGAGACGUGGACUCGGCGCUGGGCCGGAGACUUCGAACUGAACCCUGAGCUUCACCUUCCUGCCGAAAACAAGUUCAUCGCGACGGAUUUCACCCUGAAGGCGGCGGACUGUCCAGACUCAGAGUUUCCUGUCAGGGUCGUUAACAACGAGCGCGGCUGCCUGUGGUACAAGAAGGACAAUAAGUUCAAGAUCCCCAAAGCUUAUGUUCGUUUCAACUUGAUCUCCCCGAUGAUCCAGAGGAGUCCUGAGAAUCUCGUCCUGUUCGACCUCUUCGUCAACAUCCUGGCUCACAACCUGGCGGAGCCGGCGUACGAGGCCGACGUGGCUCAGCUGGAGUACAAGCUGGUGGCCGGGGAGCACGGACUGGUGAUCCGGCUGAAAGGCUUCAACCACAAACUGCCGCUGCUGUUGAGGCUGAUCGUGGAUCAUCUGACCGACUUCAGCGCCGAGUCCGGCGUCUUCUCCAUGUUCUCUGAGCAGCUGAAGAAAACCUACUUCAACAUCCUCAUCAAACCAGAGCGCCUGGGAAAGGAUGUUCGUCUGAUGAUCCUCGAACACUGUCGCUGGUCCGUCAUCCAGAAGUAUCAGGCCGUGACGAAGGGUCUGACCGUGGACGACCUCAUGACCUUCGUCAGCGGGCUGAAGGCGGAGCUCUACACAGAGGGGCUGGUGCAGGGGAACUUCACCAGUGUGGAGUCCAAGGAGUUUCUGCAGAACUUCACUGAGAAGCUGCAGUUCCAGCCUCUGCCUGCAGAGGUCCCCGUCCUGUUCCGUGUGGUGGAGCUGCCUCAGAAGAAUCAUCUGUGUAAAGUCAAAUCUCUCAACAAGGGCGACGCCAACUCUGAGGUCACCGUCUAUUACCAGUCGGGGUUGAAGAACCUCAGAGACCACGCCCUCAUGGAGCUGAUGGUGAUGCACAUGGAGGAGCCGUGCUUCGACUUCCUCCGGACGAAGGAGACGCUCGGGUACCAGGUGUACCCGACCUGCAGGAACACCUCCGGAGUCCUGGGCUUCUCCGUAACCGUGGAAACGCAGGCCACCAAGUUCAGCACGGAGUUCGUGGAGGCGAAGAUUGAGGAGUUCUUGGCGAGUUUCGGGCAGCGUCUGUCGGCUCUGAGCGACGAGGCGUUCAGGACGCAGGUGACGGCGCUGGUCAAGCUGAAGGAGUGCGAGGACGCUCACCUGGGCGAGGAGGUGGACCGCAACUGGUUCGAGGUGGUCACACAGCAGUACGUGUUCGACCGGCUCAACAAGGAGAUUGAGGCUCUGAAGCUCUUCAGGCAGCCGGAGCUCGUCUCCUGGUUCCUGCAGCACCGGAGCAACAGCAGCAGGAAGCUCAGCGUUCACGUGGUCGGUUUCGGGCUGGAGGAGAACGACCCUCCGGACCAGGGCGCCGCCUGCGGCCCCGGCGACUCCGACGGCCCGCCCGCCUCGGCCUACGGCGAAGUCAGCGAGCUGACCUUCCUGUCGGCAACCUCGCCGUCGCUCCAGGACGCCGCGCUCAUCACCGACAUCAGAGCGUUCACUUCUUCCCUCCGCCUCCACCCCUACCACAAAAUCCUCAGCUAAGGCCAUUCCCACAUCUGCAAGCAAAAAGACUUCCUCGUCUCAUCUCUGUCAGAGAUCAAUACGGUAACCAUGGCGAUGGCUAGCAUUCGUAAUCCCACUGUUUUUGACCGAAGAAGAACUGAGACGUUUCAGAUGUCAGUUAUAUUCUGUUAUGUGAUAAUGCUGCAUUCAGGGCCCGGAGGAAAACGUAGCUCUGAGAUUCUCACAAAUAAAUCAUGUCCGAGGUAAAUAAUUCAAUUCCAGCUGAUUUUAAUUUUGAAUUAUGGUUAAUGAGGAAAAAUGGCUUAAACAAGUAAUCAGUUAUUAAAAUAUUACAUGUAUUAAUUUGACUAAGAUUUUAAACGCGAGUGUCGGGGUGAGACUUUCUCCUCGUUGCUCUGUAACUGUGAAAUGAUUUAGAUUUUUCCCAGGUCAAGUGAAUGCAGCAUGACGACUCAGGGCUCUGGUUUGUUAUUAGUGAUGACGAUCAUGUUCACACUGUAAUGUUGAGUUUGUGGAGGAUUUACAUGAAGAGGAGAAUGUAUAUCUGAUGUUUAAUCUCAGAAUGUAUUGUGAUAGUUGGAGUGAGCCACUAAAUCUGGUGGAUUCGUCUUUAAUGAGCUACAUUUGCAUUUCAAGGACAAUUAAAGAUACCAACGUAAAUACAUCAUGAAAUGUUCAGUUUUGUUUCUUCAUCCUGUCAUUGACAUGAUCAUUAAAAACAUGUUCAUGUGUUUGUAA